AUGCCUACUGAACAUAGGAACGCUGACGACUCUGGAGAGGUUCAUCUGCUGCGUCAAGUGCACGGCCAGCUGUUCGACACAGCAGGACUCGUUAACGAAGCGUUCGGCCUGCCAAUACUGAGUACUGUCGCCGCCCACUUCAUCCACUGCGUAUCGCUGCUCAACCUAACACUAGCGCUCAAGUUACAAUACCAGCCUAUCCCGCCCAGCCAAGUGGACCUGCUGAUGCUGAACCUGCUGAGCUGGGUGGUGCUGCACGUCAGCUGCGUGCUGGCCGUGACUUGGUGCUGCAGCUCCGCUGUCGCCGAGGCUCGCCGGACAGCUGUUCUGGUGCACAAGGCGCUGCUGCCGAUCGCGGGCGCCGGCGCGGCUGGCGCACAGCUGCGCGACCAGCUGCAGCUGUUCUCGCAGCAGCUGCUGCACCACCGUCUCGGCUUCACCGCUGCCGGUGUCUUCACGGUCGACCUCACCAUACUCCUUUCCAUGGCAGGAGCCAUCACCACCUACCUCGUGAUUUAUUUGCAGUUUAACGAUACCAAAAAUAUUUAA